AUAAUAAUGAGUCAAUCUGGUGUUGGAUAAUAAUAAACAAGGGUGGUUGUUUGCAAUAACACAGAAGUUUAGUUGAUGGUACCAUAGUAGCCAUAGAAUAUUCAAUUUACUAGACAACCUCACAUAGUUUAUUGUGUUAAUUGUAACAAUCAAAUUUAAACAAAUGUUUAACUGAAGGUUGGCAAAGGUCAAUUGAUGAUGGCCUUAAUAAUGUUGCCUAAAUUAUUAUGGUAAUAAUUAAUAUGAUGAAGUAUAAUAGUGCUUGUGUAAUCCCAUUAUUGAUGGAUGAUUGUCGAGAUGCAGUUCAUUUGUGCCCAGUUUGUAAGGCCGAAGUAGGAAGAAAGAAUUUCAUCUUCGAAUGAUUUAUGCAAUAAUGAUUAUCAAUUUAAUAUAUAUUUUAAUUAUUUAAUUAAAAACUA